GCGAAACAGUGAAAUAUUCAAAAAGUUAUUGUGUCUAACUACUAUUAUUAUCUAAAUCCAUGAAAAUAUGUUAGCGGCGGACUCAAUCUACUAAGACUAAUAGUAUUUAAUUAAGACAUUAUGGAAAACCCAAGAGAUGUGAUCAUUCCAAGUACAUCGUCACCUGUUCAUGUACACAUAGACCAGGAUACUCCAUUGUAUGUACAUGUUGUAAAAAAGCCCAGUUCAGUAAGUUCAACUAAUGCAGCUGUUAGUAUUUAUAAACAAAAUCUUCGUGGAACAAAUGAAACACUUAUCAGAGAUCAUUGGAUACCUCCUCCAGCCAAAUCAUCUAGAAUUAACAUUUUAGGAAAGAAUCUGAAACAGAAAGAAAAAGACCAAAUAUUUGAAUUAAACAAGCUGAAAGAAGUGCAAGAUGAAGAGAAAAUAAUGAAAACAGAUUCUAUUAAAGAAAGCAAUCAUAGGUUGCUAAUGUGUGAUUUAACAAGACUUCCUGAGAGUUCAGAAAAUGCACUACAUUCAUUGUCCAAUAUCUCACCCUUUCAAAACAAGAGUGAAUUUGAACAAGCUCAGCUGAUAGUCAAACAGCAACAAAAUGAAUUUGCAAAAUUAAGAUCCCUUCUUGGUCAGCAGGAAAGUCAACUAAAAUUGUUUCAACAGGAGAUAAAUUUGUUGGAGAAACAGAGCAUGGCAAUGCAAUCUUCUCUCAUCUUACUUCAGUCACAAAGUGAAAUUUUCAGUGAGACUGAAAGGAAGUUACCAGAACCACAAGACCUUUAUACCAAAGUUGCUGAUGUUGAGAAGCAGAUGAAAAGCUCAGCUGCGACUACAGCUGAAUUGGAAAAAAAUAUGAAGAGUUGGAUACCAGGAAUGAAAGAAGACAGUUGGUGGCAGAAGUGGAUGCUUUCUCAGCAUGAACAACAACAAGAUCUUUUCAGAAAAUUAUUGGAUUCACUGCAAUCAAUGAAAAUAGGUGAAAGAAACCAAUCUAAAAAGGAAGAACUAAACAUUAACUUUCAGAACUUGAAAACACAGCUGGAUGAGAAACAGGAACUUCUACAGGACAUGAAAAAUGAGCUAAAGAAAGUAAAGAGUAAAGUGGAAACUUUAGAAUGUCAGAAACAGGCUUUAGAAAAUGUGAAAAGUCAUUUGCAAGGAGAACUGAGAAGCAAAGAGUCAGAGCUGGAAAGAUUAAAAGUACACUUAAAACAAAGUGAAAAUCAUGCUUCCCUGGAGGAACAGAAAAAAAUUAAAUUUCUUUUAGAAGAGAUACAAAAGAAGACAGCUGCAGAGAAAGAGGCACUAAAGAAGGCUGUUAAAGUCCAAAGACAGAGGGCUGAUAGCAAUGAAGAAUUGGCCAAGAAAAUGACUCGUUUGGCACAAGAAAAGGAACAUGUACUUCUUGCACUGACUCAAGAGAGAGAUCGGUGGAAAUCAGACCUGACUGAAGUGAAUAAUCAAAAGCUGGAAGCAGAGACCCAGUUAAACAGUUAUAAAAAACAUGUGGUGGAACUUGAAACAAUUAUCAACAAAAUUGACACAUCUUACCAGGAUCAGGUGAAAAGUGCUGAAAGUGGUCUUCAGGAAAAAAAUGUCAAACUUGUCCAACUAGAAGUAGAAAAUAAGAACCUUCAGAUAGAAAAGGACAUUCUUGAAAAUAAGAUCAGAACAUUGGAAGAAAGGCUAGUGCAGUCUGACAUGAAGUUACAAAAGAUACUUUCAGUGGAAAGUCUUGGGCAACUUGAAUCCCUGUAUAAGGAAACUGAAACACUGAAAAAUCGUUUGAAAGAUGCGUUAGAGAACAAUAAAAAAUAUGAAGAACGACACCAAAAAGAUAUUAAACAAAUCUCUCAUUUGAAAUCUCAGAUUGAAAUUAUUCCUAAAGAUUUACAACAAAUCAAACAUCAGGUGGAGCACUCUAAAAAUCAAGAAACUCAGCUAGAAAAUACAAACAGAAUACUUCUAGAUCAGAAGCAGUUAAUAGAAGAUUUGAAAAAAGAACAGAGACAAAAAGAAGCUUCUGUAGAAAAAUUCAUGUCUCAGCUAGAGGCAAAAGAUGAAACAAUAAAAAAACUUGGAGAACGUCUUCUGGAGGUUCAGACAGAGACUCAAGAAAAGAUACACAAAUUACAAACACAACUUUCUGUUCAGGAAGAAGUCAGCCAAGUUAGAAUGUCAGCAUUACAGGAAACCCUUAAAACUACCAAGCUCAGGGCAGAUAAAUUACUUAAUGAAAAGGAAGAGAUUCAAAAGGAGCUUCAGAAGAAAAUAGAUGAAGUGCGGGAACAGUUAGAGCACAGCCUGUCUACUAACAGAAGUUUACAAAACUAUGUAACUUUCCUCAAGAACUCGUAUGCUGCUGUGUUUGCUGACCAUUAUGUAUCAACAGAUAGAGCAGAUUCAUCGCAGCUGUAUACCAGUUAGUAUUUUAUUCAGAGCCAUGAAACAUGCUGAGAAAUGUCAGGACAAGAUUGUAAUAGUUCUUCAUUAAUUACUUACCAUUAACACCACUGAGACAAGAAAAAUCUGUAUCAAUUAAUUCCUCUCACCUGUUUUACAAGUUAUAUUUUUGUUUUUAAGGGGUUUAUUAAAUAAUUAUGUAUAUAUUUUUUUCAAAUAGAAGUAGAUAAUAAGUUUUCAUGUGACUUCCAUUUAAAUAAAAG